GUUCAUUAAACAAAAACACUUAUACCUCAAUCAAAUACAGGAUUUAAAGCUUGUUUACAAUGGAAUUCCCCAACCCUUCUCUCAUCGGCGGCGCAGCUGACAUCCCCGUCAACUCUGCCUCUGCCAUCCUCACCUUCACACCAGUCACUCUCCCCUCCAAAGACCGCAGAGUCGAUCUCGACCUUAAAGUCACCGCCCCCAUCACAGGAGAGAAUCUCCCCAUCAUUAUUCUCUCCCACGGCCAUGGCCCAAGCAACUACCUUUCCUCGCUCAAGGGCUAUGGACCCGUUGCAGAUUGGUGGGCAAGUCAUGGCUUCGUCGUCAUUCAACCUACACACUUGAGCUCCCGUCAACUAGGCUUUGAGCUGAACGCUGAGAGUAUCAGUGAGCUAUUCAUGGAGUCUCGCGCCAAGGAUUUGGUUCAGGUUGUUGAUAGUCUUGAUACCAUUGAGACUACUGUUCCUCUUCUCAAAGGCAGGCUUGAUAAGUCCAAGAUUGCUGUUGUUGGACAUUCCCUCGGCUCUUUGUCCUCUGCCCUCCUCCUCGGCGCCGUCAACACCGACCCUCGUGAUGGUAAAACCUUCAAGGCCGCUGAUCCUCGCAUCAAAGCCGGCGUCCUCUACGGUGCCAUCGGCGCAAGUGACGAUCCCUCUGAAAACGGAAAAACCAUGCUUCCCUUCCUCGACCUCGACUUCUCCGACAUGACUACACCCUGUCUUGUAUUCUGGGGCGACAGCGACGUCAGUCCGCAUCUCACAAACCGAGGAGCAGACUGGCAUAACGAUCCUUACAAGCUUUCACCAGGACCUAAAGCAUCUUUCGAGGUUAAGGAUGGGAAGCAUGGGUUUGGUGGUAUCAGUGGAUGGGACGCGAAGGAGUGUCAGGAUGAGGGGAUGGAGAGGUUGGCGGCUAUGCAGAGGGUUACGUGGGCUUAUUUGAGGAGUCAGUUGUUUGGGGAUGAUUCUUGGGGGGAGGCGAAGAAGGCUAUUGGGCAGCAUCCUGAGAUUGGAAAGAUUGAGGAGAAGUAGCGGGCAUAGGAGCAUUUUGGAGUUCUACACGAACAUAGUCUCUUGCACAAAUACUAAAUAUCACUCUAUUCAUUCUUA